UGUACACCAGUCCCUUAUCAGAAAGUGGGCAUAGAGAAAAAUGCGGAGAAUUUCGGAGAAUCCAAGCGACAUAUCCGCCCAAGUUCCAACAGGAAAUAUACACAACACCGUGCCAGACUACGCAUAUCUUACUCUUUGCCGGUUCGCUGCGAUGACGAAAAGCUGUGAAGUUACGGUCCUGUACCUGAAGCCGGGAACUGAUCUUUCAACCCCAGAGAAUCAUGACAAAUACAUCACCGGCAUCAAGACUUUGACCAGUCAGCCUGGGUUUCGGCUACUGCAGGAAGGUCGGUCAAUGAUUGAAGAGGAAUUAUUAGUCUGGUUGAUCGAUUGGAACGACCUCCUCGACCACGAGGCAUUCAUGGCCAAAUCGGAGCCGUACUCGAAAAUGGUCGAUGUCCUUCUUUCGAUGUGUGACACAGAGCGCAAAGGCUUCCUUGAGAUCAAACACCUUCCACCAUCGUCGUCUUUUCUGGACGUGACUUUGACUGGUCCACAGUCUGCCAAUCAAUUGACAACAAUUCUAUGGCUGCGAACUCCGGAGGGAGGGUCAUUGGGGCAGUUUGCUGCAGCGGUCAAAAGACUGCGGGGUGAACUUGAGCAUCGUGGACAAACGGUAUCGGGUGGUGGUCCUGUGGAAACUCCUGGGGAAGCUAUCUUGUUCGUAGAGUCUGUCGAUGGCCCGGGGCUCGACAAAGAGGAGAUUGCCCGGAUUCUUGGGCAUGGAGCGAACAUCAGUCGCUCCGGUGUUUUUAACAUGUCCAACCAUGCUUAGACGUGUAUAUAUGCAUCCACCCCAGCGAUAAUCCAAUACACAACCAGUCAUAUAUUUGGGCUUUAUAGAUAAUAAUAAUAUCGGACGUGCAGCCA